AUGGUGUCAGGAGGGAUGUCUUGUGUUAAAUACAUGCUUUUUGCAUUCAACCUACUUUUUGCUAUCUCUGGUAUAGCAAUCCUUACAGUUGGAGCUAUUAUUCAUAUGGUAUAUUCCCAUUAUUCCAAUUUUGUGUACACAAGCUAUCAAUCAGCCCCAAUAGUCCUCAUAAUAGUUGGUGUUGUAAUCUUCAUCGUAGCUUUCUUCGGGUGCUGCGGAGCUGUGAAAGAAAAUCACUGCAUGGUUGUUACAUUUUCUGUUCUUCUAUUGGCAAUACUCAUCCUAGAAUUGGUAGCUGGAAUCAUGGGAUAUGUGAAACGCAAUGAGGUUGAAGUUAUGUUGGAGAGCAAGUUGAAUUCAACAAUGUAUAGCUACUACACAAAUCCUGAGAUAGAAAAUACUUGGGAUAUUGCUCAACAUGAGGCUGAAUGUUGUGGCAUGAAUGGCCCUACAGACUGGCAAAAGAUCACCAGGAAUGACUCUCUGCCUCACACUUGUUGUCCCAAUACUCAAGAUGACGGUUCUUGCACAUUGAAAACACCGAAUGUCUAUACUGCAUCCUGCUUCGAGAAACUGAAGGCCGUUUUCAACAAAUAUGGAGCCAUCAUAGGGGGCGUUGGUAUAGGAGUAGCCAUUUCCCAGCUUGUGGGCGUCAUCUUUGCUUGUUGUCUAGCUCGUUCUAUAAGAAGAGAAUAUGAAACAGUUUAA